AUGUCUAGGAAAAUGAAGACUCUUCUGCUGCUGUUAUAGCUGUGCUGUUACUUUAGAAAUGAGAACUGUGGGAACAUCCUGAUUUGGCCAAUGGAAGGCAGCCACUGGCUCAAUGUUAAGAUCAUCAUAGAUGAGCUCAUUAAAAAAGAGCAUAAUGUGACUGUUCUGGUUGCCUCUGGUGCACUUUUCAUCACACCAUCAUCUCACCCAUCUCUGACGUUUGAAGUAUAUAAAGUGUCUUUUGAAAAAGAAAAAAUAGAAAAAGUGAUCAUUUUGACAUGGCUGGAAAACAGGCCAUCUCCUUUGACCAUUUGGAGAUUCUAUCAGGAGAUGACUAAAGUCAUAAAGGACUUCCACAUGGUGUCUAGAGAGAUCUGUGAUGGUGCUCUGAAAAAUGAAAAGUUGAUGGAAAACCUGAAGAAAGGCAAGUUUGAAGUCCUACUGUCAGAUCCAGUAUUCCCGUGCGGUGAUAUAGUAGCUUUAAAGCUGGGAAUUCCAUUCAUCUAUUCCUUGAGGUUUUCUCCAGCCUCAAAUGUGGAAAAGCACUGUGGGAAAGUACCAUACCCUCUUUCCUAUGUUCCUGCUAUUUUAUCAGAGCUCACUGAUUAGAUGACAUUUGCUGACAGAAUAAGAAAUUUCAUCUCCUACCACCUACAGGACUGCAUAUUUGAAACUCUUUGGAAACCAUGGGAUUCCUACUAUAGUAAAGCGCUGGGCAAACCCACUACAUUAUGUGAGACUAUGAGCAAAGCCGAAAUUUGGCUAAUGCGGACAUACUGGGAUUUUGAAUUUCCUCGCCCGUUCUUGCCUAAUUUUGAGUUUGUUGGAGGACUGCACUGCAAACCUGCCAAACCUUUACCUAAAGAAAUGGAAGAAUUUGUCCAGAGUUCAGGUGAAGACGGUGUUGUGGUGUUUUCUCUGGGAUCAAUGGUGCAAAACCUCACUGAAGAGAAGGCCAAUCUCAUUGCCUUAGGCCUCGCUCAGAUUCCACAGAAGGUUUUGUGGAGAUACAAAGGAAAGAAGCCAGCCACAUUGGGAUCCAAUACUCGGCUUUUUGAUUGGAUUCCGCAGAACGACCUUCUCGGUCACCCCAAAACCAAAGCCUUCAUCACUCAUGGGGGAACUAAUGGGAUCUAUGAAGCUAUUUACCAUGGGAUCCCCAUGGUAGGAGUCCCCAUGUUUGCAGAUCAACCUGACAACAUUGCUCACAUGAAGGCCAAAGGAGCAGCUGUGGAGGUCAACAUGAACACAAUGACCAGUGCAGACCUUAUCAAUGCCUUGAGGACAGUCAUCACUGAUCCAUCUUACAAAGAGAAUGCCAUGAGGUUAAAAAGAAUUCACCAUGACCAGCCAGUGAAGCCCCUGGACAGAGCAGUCUUCUGGAUCGAGUUUGUCAUGCGCCACAAAGGGGCCAAGCACCUUCGUGUUGCGGCCCACGACUUGUCCUGGUUUCAGUACCACUCUUUGGAUGUGAUUGGGUUCCUGCUGGCUUGUGUAGCAAGUGUCGUAUUCUUGGUCACAAAGUGUUUCUUGUUUACCUAUCAAAAGUUUAUUAAGAGUGGAAAAAGGAUAAAGAAGGAGUAG